AUGCGCGCCUUCCCCCAACUUGUUCUCAUCCUCUCGACCAUCGCUGCGGUUGAUGCUUCAAAGGGUUUCAAGCAUCGCCAUGGACGACCUAAGAAUGUAAAUUUGGAAGACGCUUCCAGUUCCAUAUCCAGCAAUUCGAAAAUAGCAGAAUUUAAAACUGGGCAAGCGCAAACCGUUGUCUCAACGGUCCUCAUCGUACCUACUCAGACACCCAGUGAUGCCGAGAUUGUCCAGCCUCAAAAGCUCGAAGCGCCGUCUCAAAAUGCAGGCCUAUUAUCGACAUCACAACAAAAGAAAAGUACUACGGCUGCUCUCGAGGAGCCGACCAAGAAAUUCUGCGGCGAACCCAACGAAUAUGAAGUCCUCAUUGGAACACCGUGGAUUGUAUUCUCCAUGAACUACAACUACCAGUCCAUCAAAGGCUCUUCCUGCGUCGGCUACUAUAACUACGAAGGGUCUGGCGACAACCAGACUAUCCACUGGAGUGUCCUAUGGGACAUCGAUCCUGAUGUCGGCACGAAUCUCGUCAAGGGCUACAACUUCAUCGGUCUUACACAGGGUCUGGAAACGAGGCUCAGCGAUAUCAAGAGCAUUCCUUCCAAGUAUGAGUGGACCACCAGCAAGACUACUGAUUAUAAAGGGAACGUUGUAUAUGACUUUAUGACCUGCGAUACAAAGGGAGACUCAACCUCCAGCAACGCGCAGGAGCUCAUGCUCUGGCUAAACUGGGAAGGUGGUCAGGUCCCCAUUGGAUGGGGCGAAGGGCCUAUCGCUACCAUCGAUGGACUCUUUGGCAAAGACGGCUGGAAGCUGUACCAAGGUGUCAAUGCCGAUACUGGCAUCACAGUGACCUCGCUCCUGUGCCCCGAGGAUAGCCAGUUUGGCAACGAAGAGGGCGGUAGUUUUGAGGGUGAUAUCAAAGACUGGCUUGUAGCGCUGUCCAGAGAGGGCGUGUUCAAGUCAGACACCUAUGUGAACGUAGGAAACGCUGGCAUGGAACCUUACUAUGGCACUGUUGACUUUGACAACUAUCUGAGCCUUCGCAUCAACGUCUAG